AUGGAGCCGGCAGAAAUUGAAAGAAUGCUUGAGCAGGAGGUGUGCUGGGCAAAUGCACCGCCAGCACCAAUUCCUGGGAUGUGCUACAUUGAUCCAGAGAUAAAGCGAGACUUUACAUCAUUUGACGCAAGCCUUGAUCAUAUAGUUCCAAAGCAGCUGCACACAGAUCUUCUUGAUGCACUUGACAUUGACUUUAUGGAGUUGGUAAUGAAAGACAUGGAUGAAGUACAUGAAAAGACAGAAGAAUGCAUAGGGACUAAUGAAAAUAAAAAUGAGAUAUUUGAAAGAGAAAGACUGAAGAUAAGGAUGAGCAAGAUAUUUGAUUACCAGAAGUACAUACAGGAGUCUUUUGAGGAUGUCAACACAAUAGUGCAUCCUACAAACAAGAGCAUCAAGGUUGAGGCAGUUUAUGAUCUGUUUCCAGAUACAAAUGCAAAAAGCGUGAUUGUUCAGUCUGCAUGCACGGAACUCACAGAAUGCACAUUCAGCAUUGAGCAGGAUGAAUCAUCCAGUCUUUUUGCAAAGGCAUUGAUGACUAAUGGCAAAAUUCUUACAUGUAUUCCUCAAAGAACCGAUGAGUACAUUGCUUUGCAUGUGGACAAUGAUGCAGCCUAUUAUACAAGUAUGACAACGCUUUACCAACUACAAGAGCAAAGAAAGCAAACAAAAGGAUAA